GCGAGCGCUCCCCGCGCGGCAACAUGUGACCCCGCGGGCGCCCAGCCGGGGCGAGCUGAACGGGAGUGCCGGCGGCCGCGAACAGACAGGCGGACAGCCAGCCAAACAGCCUCAACCAGCCGUCGGCUGUCGCCCUCGAGAGCUUUGCCUUCUUUUGAUCUGAUUUUUCUCCUCCCUCCCAAGCGUUCAGCGCUUUUCAAAAAGCGGCGCCCGAACGCCCGGAGCCCCGGUUCAGCGCGGUGCGGAAUGAUCCGCCCCGGUUCCCCAGCACAGCGGCAGUAGCGGGCAGGGAGCGAUGCUGCCUGGCCCUCGGGGCUCCUCACAGCCCACCCGAGCUCCCGGAGCCGCCGGAGCCGCCUGAGUAGCCGGCGGGGACGCGAGGCGGGCGAGAGGGUGCUGAAUGCAGCGCGACGCGAAGCGACCGCCUGCCAUGUGUGCUGGUAGCAUCCGGCUUUGGCACCUCCCUGGUCCCAGUACCGGGUAGUCGGGCGGAGCGGCAGCAGGGCAGACCGGCGGGGAGGCAGCCGCCGCCGGGAUCAUGGUGAAGGAAGAGUGCAAAGCGCUGCUGGACGCGCUUAACAAGGUGACCGCCUGCUACCGGCACAUGGUGCUGACCAUCGGCGGCACCUCGGACUCCCAGAACCUGAGGGAGGAGCUCAAGAAGACCCGGCAGAAAGCCCAGGAGCUAGCGGUUGCCAACAGGAACAAGCUCACCACGGUCCUGAAGGACAAAACCGUGAGUAAGGAAGACAAAGCUGAGUUCGAGAGGCUAUGGGUGAUUUUCUCCACGUGCCUAGAGAUCCUGGAGAUCGACAUGAGGAGAGCGCUGGAGCUGGGCCACGAGUUCCCACUGAACGUCCCCAAAAAGCACCUGAUCCAGACAGGCAUGAGUGGGGGAACCUCUGGCGUGGCUGCCAGGGCAAUGAGCGUCCAGAACAUGAAAUAUGAGGCUGAGCACAAUAUAGACGUGGUGGAUUUAAAAGACCUCGAAAAUGAGAUUAACCAGGUAGGAGAGAUGAUGUACGAGAUGGAAAUGAAGGUCAAUGUCCCCCAGUGGACAGUAGAGGCUAAGCAAGACCCGGGGGCUGAACUAAAAUCCACCAUCAGUGUGGGCGCUUCGUCUAUUGGCAUGAUCUCCGUGGAGGAAAAUAAAUCCUUCUGUGAUAUCAGCAAGGUUCUAGCUGGGAUUAUUUUCUCUGCAGUGCUUAUUAUCGCUAUCAUCCUGGCUGUGUGUGUGGUGAAACUCUCUUAGGGUGGUGUGGGGCUGUCCAGAGUGACCCCGUCAGUCUCUUUCACACCUCACCUUUCAUUCCAAAAUGGGUCACCUGGAUGAGCUGAGAAUUUAAAUGUACCACUUUGAAAAACAAAGCAGAACUUCUGCCUCUCAGUAUCAUAAAAUGCACGGUUUGUUUCUUUUUCUUGUUUGAAGAGAUGCACAUCAGCCUGCAGCAUAGGAUGUCUUCAUGUGCUGGACUUGUAACAGUUAACUGUGAAGUAUCACAGUAUUACCGCUGCUGGCUAUAGCAGGGAUUUGUCUGCUAUUAAUAGAUGGCUAUUCGCAGAAGCCUGUAUUUUUUGUUCUUCAACAGGCUCUAGUCUCUGCUAGUGGUCACUGUUUACAGUAUUGGAGAGUAACAUGAAUUUGGAAGCUAAUGCAGGUGUUUCGUUACAAAGUGAAUAUACUACAGGGGAUUUAAUCAUACACACAAAAUACUCUUUUGGUGGAGGAAAAGGGGAAGGACAAAAACCCUGAAAAAGCAUGUGAACAACCUCUAUUUUGGAUUUGCUAAUGGUUGGAGGAGAGGGGGGAAGGAGGGAGAAAACAGCCCAAGCUAUGUUUGGUACCAAACCCUGUUCGCUCAUUUAGACUGGGCUGUACAGACCCCGGUGCAUGGACUGGCAUUGCGUACGUGAAUGACUAAUCACUUCCCAAAUCCGGGGAGAAAAAAGGGAGAGUUGUGUACGCAGAAAAAUCCUAGCAAGAGUUCUCAUCCACAUGUACUGUAAGUUUGUCUUCCCCUGCAGAAAGGCUGAUUUUUACAACUGGUUCCACUUUUUCUUUUUGUAGAAGUUAACAGUUUGCAUCUCACAAUUAACUAUGGAAAUAGGAGCAAUGAAUCUGCCCACAGCAGGGGCGGUAAUUUUUGAAAACAGAUUUUAGCAAAAAAAAAAAAAAAAAAAAAAGUUGAGUUAAAGCAGACCUUCCUAAUAACGCAGAGGGAACCCUCCUCAUGUUGGCAGGCAGGGACUGAUGCCUUUUUAUGUACUGCCACAUUUCUGCCAGUUCCUGAAUUCUUUGCAGAAAUCCAGAGAAAGAUGAAAAUGCCUCACUCAUGUCUGAUUAACCUUUUGGGAAGCAGGGAGCCUGUAAGACUGGUCCAGUAAGACUCCCAGUGCAAUUUAGGGAGGUAAAUGUAAAAGCAGCAUAAAAUUUUUCAGUGCUUCCCUAUAAAAUUGUCAACAUUUAAAUGUAAAGCUGGGGGGAUAGACACUAACUUUGCAGACAAGCUCCGUAAUGUUUUGUAAAAGGAUCCACGCUUGAUGGUGUUUCUUGUGUAACUUAUGGAAAUGCCUCCUGUUACUGUGAACACACACCACCUGAUAAAGCAAGCAUGGUCCAUACUUUAUAGUGCCAUAGGUGUAUGAGGCACUCCAUGGGCAAAUGCAAACGCCCUGUAAUAUUGUGAGUUAGUAAUUUAUUAUUCCUUCGCAGCGAUUAUUAUGUGCACAUUAUCAAACAGUAACAACCAGACGUUUUGUGAAGAUACUAUAGUCUUCGAUGUGGACAACACUCACUAACAGCUAGUAUUUUUGAGUUAAGAACUACACAUAAUUUGAAAAACCUCAGCAAGCAGUUUAUUCUUUAAAACUUAAGAGAACUGGAUUUGGGGAUAAAAAGUAUGUGACAAAUUUAAAUCUGGUAAUUUUGUAGGUGAGAAAGAAAAUAACAUAGGAGAGAAAAGACAGUAGGUGUAGGCCUGAAUUACAGGCUAUAGAUUAUCAUUACGCUGAAGGAUAUUCCAAGUUCUGCACAUUAAUCUAGUCUAGCUCCAUUCUCAUGGGAAUUCACAGUUUUGUAAGACGACUCCACAUUCCUUUCUAUUGUAUUUCACUCAUUCCAUAGGAUGUGUUUUCUACGCAGUUUAUUGAGGUUCGCAGGGAUCCCUGGCAACAUUUUAACAAAGUCAGGCCUGUAUUUAUUGGUGCUACUGUUUCAGUCUGUCUAGACAAGGUAUAAUUGCUGUGUGUUGAUUUAAAUGAGAACAUCUCCUUCAGUCAUCCCGACUAAACAAAUUUGUGGAAAAUACAGCAAAAGCUGCAGAAGAAUGUACAUAUUUGGAUUGCCACUGCUAGUCCUUGAGGAUUUGUGGGCAUUUGUACUCUCUGCACUCUGCUUUUAUUUAGUUCAGAGGAAAGUGGUCAAGAAGUUGGACUCUGUUCUGUGCUCCUUGAAAGCUCCACGUUCCUUUUGAAAUGAGAUCACUUAACCACAUGUUCUAAAAACCCAAGUAAUGCAAGUCCGGUUUCUGGUGGAUGAGUAAAUGGUAACACCUACCCAGUGUUCAUUACUGUGUAUCUUGGUGUCCUGAAGUGGGUACAGUGUUUAUUCAUGGUUAGUUGUGUAGAAUCUUUAAGAACAGGUAAUCUCAUCUUCCAAAGUAAGCUUCAGCAAGGCAGUAAAUUGUAAAUUUUCAGUCCACUGCAUUUUUUUUUAAUUUGGAUUUUCGAAUACAGGACUCAAAGAAUUCACAUAUGUAGCCUAUAAUUAUGUAAGUCUUGCUUUAUUAUGAAUAUGCACACAAUUCGUAUUUAAAGGAUUGGACCUUGGAAAAAUAAUGUUCUUUCAAAUCUUAGGACACAGCUGGUUGCAGAUUUGUUCAUCAUUAGUUUGUUCCUAAAAAUCUGUAUCAUCUUAGACUAUCUAAAAUUAAUAGAUUAAGUAGAAUUCUAAGAGAGGAUUGGAACUAUCUAAAUGGAUGAUGUUCCUGCCACUAAUCUCCUACUCUCCUAUACUUGAUACCAAGUGUACACUCAAUGUGACAGAGGUCAGGCACAACAGCGCACAAUAUCAAACCAAGAUGAAACCAUCACUGCCCAAAAGUACUGAUGCUUCUUUCAAAUUAAAAAAUAAAGCAAUGUUGUAGUAGAUUUUCAGUCUUCAUAUUUUCCCGCCACUAGAAUACAACUUGAAGGAGACUGGAAAUGCAAUUUUCGUCAGUGAAAAACGGGAAGUCAAACUUCAAAAUACUCUAUAUUUAAAUAGCAUGAUGACAAUGCAAACACUCAUGCUGAUCCGUGAAUGAGAAUGUUACUGUGUUUUUGGUACAAAAGAAGAUAGUUAUUGUUUCAUUUCAGUUCUUUUGUCUUUAUUCACAGGAUAUACACAUUAAAUUUGCUGUAUACUAAAAUAUUCCUGACUUGAAUUAUACUGGUUUUGCCUGUGCAUGGGUGGCGUUUUCUACAUUUUGAAUAAUUCAAAUUUGUUACUGCCACUAUUUAACUUAAAAUAAAGUAUGUUCUUACAGGUUACUGCUUGGCUUGCAGCAGUAAUUAAAGCCAAACAAAACCUGUGAUAUUAAUACAGCUUGUCAGUAAGCUUCUCUAAACAAAACAUCCCUAUUUCAAUCACAGGAAUAAAAGUAACAUGCUAAGCCCUCUCAUUACAGUUCUCUUUAGAUAAAUUCACUCUUCUCAAGCUCCCACAUUUGAAUAUAGUGAUAUAUCUUCAUUUUAUUCCAAGACUUACAGUCUAUCACCAUAAAGCCCCUCUACACUAUUUUUCAGUUUACUAAGAAAAUUAACAGAGAACCAUAAAUAAAGUGAUUCUCCUUAUGUCGCAAAUAAUGUAACAUCGAACUUUAGCAUUAUGAAUGUGAAAUAAAAUUAGUUUCAAAAUUC